AGGAAGCGAGGAGUCAUCGGAAAGGAGACAGGCAAGUGUAGACUCUCGACAGAGCCACUCUGGGCAAGGUGGCACCUCAGAGAACGACAGUGCAUUUGAAGCAGACUACUCAGUUGCACCUCUUCCUGUGACUGAAGGAAUGCAACACAUCCGGAUAAUGGAAGGUAUAUCCCGCUCCCUCCCCUCUUCACCCCUACUCACACAUCAGUCUAUCAGCGUCCGGCUUCAACCAGUCAAGAAGUUAACAGCCCCUUUGAGGAAGGCAAAGUUUGUUGAGAGCCCUCGAAUUCCAGAGUCUGAACUCGGCUCACCAACACUGUCCUCAGCACAAAAAUCAGACGUGGAUGCAUACUCUCCUGGUGAAGCAGAACAGGCGCUGGGUCCGCCUCCCUCUGUUGAUGAGGCAGCAAACACACUCAUGACUCGCCUGGGAUUCCUGCUGGGAGAGAAAGUCUCAGAAGUACAGCCAGGUCUCCAGUAUAGCAUGGAGGAACAGGAGGAAAACCAGAGUUCAGCAGUAACGCAGAGGAUUAGUCCCUGCUCCACUCUGACCAGCAGCACUGCUUCACCGCCUGCCAGUAGUCCCUGUUCCACCCUUCCACAAGUGAGUACCGGUGCCACAGCCAAAGAUUGCAGCUAUGGGACUGUCACUAGCCCAACAUCCACGCUUGAAAGCAGGGAUAGUGGCAUCAUAGCUACUCUUACAAGUUAUUCUGAAAAUGUGGAGAGGAACAAAUAUGGUGGAGACAGUGGCAAAGAAUCUGGAUCUCGAGGGAGUAUGAAGCCCUGGCAAUCACAAAAAUCCAGUAUAGACUCCUGUUUAUAUCGAGUUGAUGAAAAUAUGACCGCCUCCACUUACAGCCUGAAUAAAAUCCCUGAACGUAACCUGGAGACUGUUUUAUCCCAGUCUGUACAAUCCAUUCCACUUUAUCUGAUGCCCCGGCCAAAUUCUGUAGCAGCUACCAGUUCUGCCCAUCUGGAGGACUUGGCCUACCUUGAUGAACAAAGGCACACACCCCUACGGACCUCUCUUAGAAUGCCUCGGCAGACUGUGGGAGCAGGCCGUGUGCAGCAGGAUCUGCGAGUGCGUUUUGCUCCAUACAGACCACCUGACAUCUCUCUGAAGCCCUUGUUGUUUGAAGUGCCCAGUAUUACAACAGACUCUGUGUUUAUUGGUCGAGACUGGCUGUUCCAUGAAAUAGAUAUGCAGUUACGGAGUACCAAUACCAACAUCAACCGGGGAGUGGUGAUCAUUGGGAAUAUCGGCUAUGGGAAAACCGCCAUUAUUUCCCGACUUGUUGCACUCAGUUGCCAUGGGACACGUAUGAGACAAAUUGCCUCGGACAGCCCCCAUGCCUCCCCAAAACAUGUUGAAGGAAACCGUGAACUACCUCUCAGCCAGGUACCUCAAUCGCAUCAAACCAUUAGCACUGGAAGUUGCCCAGGGACUCCUGAAAUGCGCCGCCGCCAUGAAGAAGCCAUGAGAAGACUCGCAUCACAGGUUGUAGCCUAUCACUACUGCCAAGCCGACAAUGCCUACACUUGCUUGGUGCCAGAGUUUGUGCAUAAUGUUGCAGCACUUCUAUGCCGUUCACCACAACUAGUUGCCUACCGGGAACAGCUGCUUCGUGAACCACACCUGCAAAGCAUGUUGAGCUUGCGGUCUUGUGUUCAAGACCCCUUGGCAUCUUUUCGAAGAGGAAUUCUGGAACCACUGGAUAAUUUGCACAAAGAGAGGAAGAUUGCAGAUGAAGAGUAUAUCAUACUUAUCGAUGGCUUAAAUGAGGCUGAAUUCCACAAACCAGAUUACGGGGAUACUAUUGUGUCAUUCCUGAGUAAAAUGAUUGGAAAGUUUCCUCCAUGGUUGAAGCUGCUUGUGACUGUCCGAAGCAGUCUGCAGGAAGUCACCAAGCUACUCCCCUUUCACAAAAUUUCCUUGGACAGAGUGGAAGAGAAUGACGUUGUUGACCAGGACCUCCAGGCUUAUAUUCUACAUCGAAUACAUAGUAGCUCAGAGAUCCAAAAUAACAUCUCCUUAAAUGGGAAAAUGGACAAUACAACCUUCAGUAAACUCAGCACCCACCUGAAAACCCUCAGUCAGGGCUCCUAUCUAUAUCUAAAGCUUACAUUUGACCUAAUAGAAAAAGGUUACUUGGUCCUAAAGAGCUCUAGCUACAAAGUAGUUCCUGUUUCUUUGGCUGAGGUUUACUUAUUGCAGUGCAAUAUGAAAUUUCCAACACAGUCUUCCUUUGAACGGGUCGUGCCACUUUUUAAUGUGGCUGUGGCCUCUUUGCACCCCUUGACAGAUGAGCAGAUAUUUCAAGCCAUCAAUGCUGGCAAUAUUGAGAGUGUUCUGGAAUGGGAGGACUUUCAGCAGAGAAUGGAGAAUGUGUCCAUGUUUCUCAUAAAGCGUAGAGAUAUGACCAGAAUGUUUGUCCAUCCUUCUUUUCGAGAGUGGCUUAUCUGGAGAGAGGAGGGAGAGAAGACCAAAUUUCUCUGUGAACCCAGGAGUGGACACACAUUACUUGCAUUCUGGUUCUCUCGUCAGGAGGGGAAGCUCAACCGACAACAGACUAUUGAACUUGGACAUCACAUCCUGAAGGCCCAUAUAUUUAAGGGUUUAAGUAAGAAAGUUGGGGUAUCCUCCUCGAUCUUGCAGGGUCUUUGGAUAUCAUACAGUACAGAAGGUCUUUCAAUGGCACUGGCAUCUUUGAGGAACCUGUAUACUCCUAAUAUCAAGGUCAGUCGACUGCUAAUUUUAGGUGGUGCCAAUGUCAACUACCGAACAGAGGUGCUGAACAAUGCUCCAAUUCUGUGUGUUCAGUCUCAUUUGGGUUACACUGAUAUGGUAGCUUUGCUGUUGGAGUUUGGUGCCAGUGUUGAUGCCUGCUCUGAGAAUGGGCUCACCCCUCUGGGUUAUGCUGCAGCUUCAGGCCAUCUGAGUAUUGUUUCACUGCUCUGCAAGAAAAGAGCCAAGGUGGAUCACUUGGAUAAGAAUGGACAGUGUGCACUGGUUCAUGCUGCCCUUCGAGGUCACCAGGAAGUGGUUAAAUACCUUAUUCAAUGUGACUGGACAAUGGCCGGUCAACAGCAAGGGGUAUUUAAGAAGAGUCAUGCUAUUCAACAGGCAUUGAUAGCUGCAGCCAGCAUGGGGUACAAUGAGAUUGUUUCCUACUUGCUGGAUUUACCUGAGAAAGAUGAAGAAGAAGUCGAGCGAGCACAAAUUAACAGUUUUGACAGCCUCUGGGGAGAAACAGCUCUAACAGCUGCAGCUGGCCGGGGGAAGCUUGAGGUCUGCAGAUUACUUUUAGAGCAAGGAGCAGCAGUAUCGCAACCGAAUCGACGUGGGGUGGUCCCACUGUUCAGCGCAGUGCGGCAGGGACACUGGCAGAUUGUGGAUUUGUUGCUAACCCAUGGUGCUGAUGUCAACAUGGCAGAUAAACAGGGUCGGACCCCCUUAAUGAUGGCUGCAUCAGAAGGACACCUGAGCACUGUGGAGUUUCUUCUUGCUCAAGGAGCAUCAUUAUCCCUGAUGGACAAGGAAGGCUUAACUGCCCUCAGCUGGGCAUGUUUGAAGGGCCAUCUUCCUGUAGUGCGUUCCUUGGUGGAGAGAGGAGCUGCUACGGAUCAUGCAGACAAAAAUGGCCGCACACCUCUUGAUCUAGCAGCCUUUUAUGGUGAUGCAGAGGUGGUUCAGUUUUUGGUGGAUAACGGAGCCAUGAUUGAACAUGUUGACUACAGUGGGAUGAGACCACUGGAUAGGGCGGUGGGAUGUCGCAACACAUCUGUAGUAGUUACUCUUCUGAAGAAAGGCGCCAAAAUAGGUCCUGCUACGUGGGCGAUGGCUACUUCCAAGCCUGACAUUAUGAUCAUACUCCUGAGCAAGCUGAUGGAAGAGGGAGACAUGUUCUACAAGAAAGGUAAGGUGAAAGAAGCAGCUCAACGGUAUCAGUAUGCCUUGAAAAAAUUCCCACGUGAAGGUUUUGGAGAAGAUCUGAAGACAUUCCGGGAACUAAAGGUGUCCCUCCUUCUCAACCUUUCUCGCUGCCGCAGAAAAAUGAAUGAUUUUGGGAUGGCUGAGGAGUUCGCUACCAAAGCACUGGAGUUGAAGCCGAAAUCAUAUGAAGCUUACUAUGCAAGAGCAAGGGCAAAGCGCAGCAGCAGGCAAUUUACAGCAGCCCUGGAGGAUCUGAAUGAAGCCAUCAAACUUUGUCCCAAUAACCGAGAGAUCCAGAGAUUGCUAAUGAGGGUUGAAGAGGAGUGCAGACAAAUGCAGCAACAGCAACAACAGCCACCAGCACCAAUGGAAACGGAUACUGAGCCUCAGCACGAGGAGCUGGACCCAGCACAAGACAUGUUUGAUGAAGAAUACAUUGAACAAGAUAUAGAAAAUGUCCCAGUAAGUCCACAGACAGAAGUGGGGCCUGGUCAAGGGAUGCCAGUUAUUCAGAGUCCACCUCAGUCACCAGCGCAUCGAGAUUCUGCUUACAUGUCUGGUUCUCCUGUUGGGUCUCAUCAAGUAUUUGAUUUUCGAUCUAAUUCAACUGUAGGAUCACCGACCAGGCAGAGUUACCAAUCCACUUCUCCUGCUUUGUCUCCAACUCACCAAAAUUCUUAUAGACCUAGCCCACCCCAUACAUCUCCAGCUCAUCAGAGUUCUUCAUACCGCUUUAGCCCACCACCUGUAGGUGGGCAGAUUAAGGAGUACCAAAGCCCUCCACCUUCUCCUCUUCGUAGAGCUCCUCAGUAUAGAGCAAGUCCACCUGCAGAAAGCAUGAGUGUCUACAGACCACAGUCUGGUUCCCCAGUUCGUUAUCAACAGGAAUCUAGUGUUAGCCAGCUGCCUGGCAGACCAAAAUCUCCAUUGUCUAAGAUGACACAAAGACCUUACCAAAUGCCACAACUUCCUUCUGCAGUUCCUCAGCAGGGACUCAGGCUUCAGCCUGCCAAGGCUCAGAUUGUCAGAACCAACCAGCCUAGUUCUUCAGUUCAUUCUAGUGCGGUAAUACCAGGUGGACCUUAUGGACAAGUUGCCCACUCCAUGAGCAGCAAAUACCAGUCAUCGGGGGAAAUGGGAGUAAGUCAGAGCAGACUGGUUUAUCAGACAUCUCUUAGUGGAAUACUGGCAGACAGCAGACCAGUGCAACAUGUUCAAGCCAGUCUUAGUGCCGGGGCUAUCUGCCAACAUGGAGGAUCUGGAUUAACUAAGGAAGAUCUCCCGCCAAGGCCUUCCUCUGCAUAUAGGGGUGGAAUGCGAUAUAGUCAUACUCCUCAAAUUGGACGCAGUCAGUCUGCAUCCUACUAUCCAGUCUCCCAUUCUAAGCUUGAAAUGGAACGGUCCUCCUUACCUUCUAGUCAAAUGGGGUCUCCGGAUGUUUCUCACUUGAUAAGGAGGGCCCUUACAGUAAAUCCUAAUGAGAUUAAACCCCACCCUCCAACACCAAGACCACUUCUUCAUUCCCAAAGUGUUGGCCUUCGCUUUUCUCCAUCAAGUAACAGCAUUUCUUCAGGUUCCAGUCUCACUCCAUCUUUCCGUCCUUCAUCUUCAAUACAGCAGAUGGAAAUCCCAUUGAAACCAGCCUAUGAUCGGGCCUGUGAUGAGCUUUCUCCAGUGUCUCCAACUCAGGGGGGUUACCCUAGUGAGCCAACCCGCUCCAGGACCACUCCUUUUAUGGGGAUAAUAGAUAAAACUGCACGGACUCAGCAGUAUCCUCAUCUGCACCAACAGAGCCGGACAUGGGCAAUUUCUUCAGUGGAUACAAUUAUAACUAGCCCUACAUCUCCAGGUAAUCUCCCACAAGCUGGAUCUUACAGUCCACCUUCAUCCAUCAGCAGCAUUGCCUUUUAUAAUAAAACCAAUAAUGCUCAGAAUGGCCACCUUCUUGAGGAUGACUAUUAUGGAACUCAUGGAAUGCUAGCCAAUGGGUCACGAGGGGAUAUUUUGGAGAGAGUUAGCCAGGCCCCUUCAUACCAGGAUGUUAAGGUGGCUAGAACGCUGCCUGUUGCACAGGCAUACCAGGAAAACAUUUACAGGCAACUCUCAAGGGACUCCCGACAAGGGCAGACAUCACCUAUUAAACCAAAGAGACCAUUCGUGGAGUCUAAUGUAUAAAGUUAAUGAUGUUAUUGGAUUAUGACCCCCUUAUUACUAGCACAGUUUUCCAGGUUUUUUUAUUUUUCAAUUUUUCUUUUUUUUAAUUUGCGUAGUCGUAUCUGUAGUACUGAACAUAGCCAUGUUAAGUUACACAAUAUACAGAAGCAGCAGUCUACUGCAAUGUGCUAAGCACAGUUUGUUCACCCACACUUCAGGGACUAAGUACUGAGUUUACUUUUACUAUAAUUAUACCAUAAUUUUUCCUGUAUGCUUGCAUACUCAACUUUUAUUAUCUACCUAGUAAGAAAAGUUACACUUGAUGGUGCAGGGAACUGUUAGAGUGUAAAAAGUAAAAAAUGUUAAAGUGAUCAUUUUCUGAAAUUAAUAGAGCACUGAAAGUGGGGUAUUUUUCCCUAUGGUUUAGUAACCUCAAGAUUUAUUAUACAUAUUGUGAUGAGAAAUGGCCGUACAUUGGGGUAUGGGUUGUUUUGCUGACAUGAGAAAAAAUAUGCAUUUUGCCAUUUCUGUAAAAGCUCAUAUUCUGUAAAGAUCCAGAAGCUAGGUUAUAUUGUAAUUUUUUAUUUAUGUAUUUAUGUUUUUCUCUGACUGCUGCUCCAUUUCAGUUAACAUGGGAGCUUCUCAGAAGAGUAUUUUUUGCCCAUUGUUACGGUUACAGUUUGUUUCAUUAUUUGUGCAGCAGUAUUGUUUUUGUUACUCAUGUAAUUAAUAUGUAAAAGCAGUCAGGCAUUCUGUUAAUUUGUUGUACGUGGUGUCGCAGAUCUCUUGCGAUAGUUGUGCAUUUGUUGUGGCAGCACCCAGUGUUAGAAGCUCGUGAUAGUGAUAUGUGGUUAGGACAGGUAAAAUCUGGAGCACAUAUUUAUGGUCAUUUUAUUGAUGCCAUGACAAGAAGGUGGUGGGAGAUGGGAGUUGUUUCUAACGUGUGCAGAUAUAUUCCUGUUGGUUUUCCUGGAGAAGAGCAAUGCUACUAAAGCUCAUGCAUUUCAUUAAAUGUGUGUAGUGUCAGCAUAUUGUGUAUCAGAUUAGCUCAGCAGAGGGGAAAGCAUCUUCAAUGUCAUUGGUUUGAUGUGCGACUUUUGAGUGUGUAAGUGCUUCCAGUACUAGUAGAAGACACAGAGAAAGGAGAUGAAAAGCAGCUGUCAGAGUCAAAAAUCCUCUCUGAGCAUGAGCUUUUUUUUCUCCAAAACCGAGUCUUAACUUUAUCUUGACUAAUUUAAUUAGAAAUAAUGUCUUCUUUUAGUACAUUCCUUUAGAAAAGCAUGUAUGUCCUGGAAAGGACAUUGCAGUUGGUAUACCCCUUUGUUUAGGUAUGUCAUGAAAAGUUAAAAAGUCUUAUAUCCCGUCUUAUUUCAGAGCUUUGCUUUACAAAUUGUAAAAGUCAUCCUUCAGUGUACGUUUUUUUUUUUGUCUGUUUUGUUUUACUUUUUAAGAGAAUUUCUGCUCAACCUAAUUACUUCAGUUUAGGAAGCUAACUAAAUGAUUUGACUUCUCAUCUCGUUCAGCUUACGAAUUUGAUAGAAAGUAUUAUUACUUACUUUUCUGCUCCUGAAAAGUUAUUAUGGCAGUAGUGAAGGAGCAUAUACAUACACAUUGAAGAUUACAAAUUAAGUCCCUUCCAGCAAGCUCAGCCAUAAUUAAUGUAUAGAAUGAGAUUUAAAAGUUUAAGUUGUAGGGUACGUGGGAAAGCUUACCCAACAUCUCACGGUCACUUGGCUAUGAAAAGGUGGUUAGAACACAGCUUGUUGCACAGGCAUCUGUGCUCUGGGUUUUAAGUGACUGUCACUGCUGAAUGCAAUGUAGUAUUGAGGAGUCUGAAAAUAGCUUUCAUGAGAAUAUAAAUGUGAUGUAGCAACCACUAUUGAAACUGUAUCUGGGUGUGAAAGUCACUCAUUUAACUGAGUUCAUUGCAGGGGAAUUUUAAUUUCCCCAUGAUACAGCAGCCUCUUAGAUGAUUAUAUUAAAGGGUUUGCCUCUAUGUGAAUGAAUGAAUAAAUGCAGGGUUCAGAUUUUGUAUAUUUUUUUUUUUGUUAAAGUUCAUAUGGCUUUUGAACUAUCAAUCUUUGUGACUAUGACAUUGAAGCCAAUAAAAAACGAUUUGCAUCCACAUGCACAGUGAAACACAAAUGUCUCAACAUGUCCCAGAGCAGAUUCUUAUCUUACUGAUUUGGUUAGCAGGUAAUAAAGGUGGCACCUGAAGUUUACUUGUGGAAGGCCAGAAGAUAACUGGAAAAGAUAGAAAUAAGUUACAUUUAUGCACUUUUUUCAGACAGAGUAAAAGAUGAAUAGAAGAAUGAAACAAAAGGGAUGGUUAUAAAAUACUUAUUCUCAGGUAUAGUUGUCAACUUCUGUGCUCAUAAGUCAGGGAUAAAGCUAAAAAUAAUGGCAGUCAAAGGCCCAAAAGUAAGGAGCAGUUUUUAUAUAGUACUCUGAUUCAAUUAAAAAUUAACAGAGCAACAGGUUUUGCAUCAACACACAUUUUCUUAACAAUAAGAAGCAAGAAACUGUCUGGAAUUAUUGACUGUAAUUCUCAGUGAUUUACUAGAAAAUAAUGUUUUGCGAGAAGUAAAGCAAAGAUAUGAGGCAAAAUUGGGACAGUGGACAGCAGACUUCAACUGUUCAGCACAUGCCUCUCGCUAAAACAUUAAUUGAAACUUCCAAAUUCAUAGCUUUGCAGCUGCCUUUGGUUUACAAAGAGUUAACAGCAUGAAUAUGCAGUGUAAAAAGACAACAAUAGAAAGUGGCUGGAUUGCACUAUGUACUAACGAGACAGGAAAAAAGUUUUAAUUACCAUUUAUCUCAGUAGUAAAGAACAUAAUUUUCAGUAUAAGAAAAUGAUGUGCAUGAAAACACCAAAGUGAAGAGGGCUGAUAGCAAUAAAAAAACAAAAGUAAAGUUCAAAUUAAUUUAAAAAUUACUUAGUCUAGACAAGAUGUUGAAAACCUGCUUUAAACAUUUUUAAUUUGCCUUUUCUAAUAUUGUUGAAAAAAGAGACUGCAUAUAAUUGUGCCUCAUUCACAGAGUAGUUGAAAAAGAACAUAUUGAGCAUUAACUCUUAAGUAAUAAUUAAAGCAACUUUAUUUGGGUAGCAUGUCAACGUGUGGUUCUUUUCAGCAUUAAUGCUGCUUUGGGGAGAGACAAAAGAGCAUGGCUUAGUAGGUAUGUUUGUGCGUGUGCCUAUGUAGGUAGAUCAGUAUAUCGAUACUGAU